UAUAAAUUGGAUGGGUUUGAAUUAUUUAUAAAAGAAAAAUUGGCAUCCAGGUUCUUUGAAGAAUCAAGAGAUUGUUUGGAUUAGAGAAUAAAUUCAAGCUGAUAUUAUAAAAAGAGAAUAAGAAAGAGCAAAGAAAUUAGCAGAAGAGAAAAACAUUGAAGAGUUAAAAAGAAUAUAAGUUGAAGCAGGAUUAAUUCCAAAGAGUCAUUUAGAUAGAAUGGAAUGGAUGUAUGAUGUUAGUAAACUAGAGAAAUAAAACUAAAAUUCAGCAGAAGAGUAAUAUAUUAUUUAAAAUAAUAGAUAUCUCCUUGGUAAGACAGCAACACCUUAAGAAGUAGAAAAGUUAACUGAUUAAAGAGAGAAAGCUAAAUAAACUCAAUAAUAUUAAACAGUUUUUAAAGAAGAAACAACAAAUGCAAAAUGUGAAGAUUUUGUUCUUGUUCAUGAAGAUCCUAUGUUUCAAAUAAUGAAAGGAGUAUAUUAUAAAUAUUAAUAAUUAGGAAUAAUCAAUAAAAUAAGUAUUAUUGUAAAAUCCUUUGAAAGUUAAAUAAUUAUAAGAAAAGAUAGAAGCUAAUAAAAAAAUUAAAAAAGAAAAAUCACAUAAAGAUAAAAAAGAUAAGAAAAAGAAGAAGAAAGAUAAAAAAGAUAAAAAAUCAUCAAAAAAGAGUAAAAAACACAAUAGAAGUAGUAGUUCUAGUUCUUCAACUUCAAGUUCUAAAGAUUAGGAGAUUUCUACUGCUAUAUCUACAGGUUCUUAACAUUCUUAAAUAUAUUAAUAAUAUUUAAAAGAAAGAUUAGGAAAUAUAGCAGUAACAGAUGAACAUGGUAAUGUAAAAGCAGAUUUUAGUUUAAUGAAAAAGAAAUAUAGAAAGAAUUUAAAUCCUUAAAUUUCUUAUGAUGAAUAACGAAAUUAAAUGGCUGCUGAUGGAUAAUAAAGAUUAUAAUAAUAAUUAAAAUAAUUUGAAGAAGAACCAAAUUAAUAAUCUUAAGCAGUUGGAGGAGGAUAAUUUUUAAAUAAAAUAAGAAAAGAUAUUUAUAAUUAAAAUGAUUCAAAUGCAUACCAUGAUAGAAUUAAAAGAAAUAGACACUUUUAAGAAAGAUUUAAUGAAUGA